AUGGGAAAAGUGGCCAGGGGAAGUGGGCAUCUGUGCAAUUCAUAUAUGGGCUACAAGGACGUCGGGCCGGCUCUCAUCUGUUCCGGACACUCAGACAUGGCUACGGGAUGUGAGGAGGUUGACCCAUCGGCGCAACGGCCGGUAAUUCGGCAAUUAUGUACUUCCAAAGUACCUGUUGCGGCCCUUCACGCCAUUGUCCGUUUGAGUCUCCGUGCCUUUUUCGAGGUGGAACAUGGUGCGAGUAGAAACUUCAGAAUACCGGUGAGAAGGGAGAGCGCAUGGAAAGGACCUGGCCCUGGUACACCUAGCCAGACACUUAAGUGGUGGUGCAGUGGGGAUGGAUGGGAAACUUGUCUCUUAUCCCAGACUCAGCUGUGUGCAAAGGACAUGAAGCAUACUAAACAGGAGGAGCAGGCCGCUGCGGAACGCCGGAUGAGGCAGAGUCCGAGAUCGAAUUUCUAA